UUUUGGUGCUUUUUUUAAAGAAAAAACUUUUUUUUUGCUAUUUCUUUCUUUCAUUGGAGGAUCUCUACAGUUGUCAUUCUUCAACAUGAACAAGCUAUACAUUGGAAAUCUUAGUGAAAACGUGACUCCUGAAGACUUGGUUAAAGUCUUUGAAGACUGCAAGAUUCCAUUCUCUGGACAGUUUCUUUUGAAAACUGGUUAUGCGUUUGUUGACUGUCCGGACGACCAAUGUGCUAUGAAAGCCAUUGAAACAUUCUCUGGUAAAGUGGAGCUGCACGGCAAGCGCAUUGAGGUCGAACACUCUGUCCCUAAGAAACAAAGGACCAGAAAACUGCAGAUCAGAAACAUUCCACCACACUUGCAAUGGGAGGUGCUUGAUGGUCUUCUGGCUCAGUAUGGAACAGUGGAGAACUGUGAACAAGUGAACACUGAAAGCGAGACUGCGGUGGUCAAUGUCACAUAUGGAACACGGGAACAGGCCAGACAGGCCAUUCAGAAGCUGAACGGAUACCAGUUUGAGAACAACGCGCUGCGUGUGUCCUACAUCCCCGAUGAGACCUCCGAGGUGGACGGCCAGCGGGGGCCCGACAAUGGGCGACGCGCGGGCUAUGGGUCCCGCGGCCCCCGCCAGGGCUCCCCCAAUUCCGGGGGGCCCUCCAAACACCAGCACGCCGACAUCCCCCUGCGCCUGCUGGUGCCCACUCAGUAUGUGGGGGCCAUCAUCGGCAAGGAGGGGGCCACCAUCCGAAACAUCACAAAACAGACCCAGAGCAAGAUCGACGUCCACCGCAAAGAGAACGCCGGCGCGGCGGAGAAGCCAAUCAGCAUCCACUCCACCCCCGAGGGCUGCUCGGCCGCCUGCCGCAUGAUCCUGGACAUCAUGCACCAGGAAGCCAAGGACACCAAGACAGCUGAGGAGGUCCCCCUGAAGAUCCUGGCCCACAACAACUUUGUGGGGCGCCUGAUCGGCAAGGAGGGGCGCAACCUGAAGAAGGUGGAGCAGGACACCGACACCAAGAUCACCAUCUCGCCGCUGCAGGACCUGACCCUGUACAACCCAGAGAGGACCAUCACAGUCAAGGGCCCCAUCGAGGCCUGCUGCCUGGCCGAGCAAGAGAUCAUGAAGAAAGUGCGCGAGGCCUAUGACAACGACGUCGCCGCCAUGAAUCAACAGACCCACCUGAUCCCCGGACUUAACCUUGGUGCCCUGGGGCUGUUCCCGCCAUCUUCUGCGAUGCCACCCCCUCCCCCUGGAAACUCUACUGCUGGCACCCCCUAUGGUUCAUUUGGGACGCCGGAGCAGGAGACUGUGCACGUAUACAUCCCUGCCCAGGCUGUGGGCGCCAUCAUCGGCAAGAAGGGCCAGCACAUCAAACAGCUGAGCCGAUUCGCUGGAGCCUCCAUCAAGAUCGCUCCUGCCGAGGCGCCCGAUUCAAAGAUGCGCAUGGUCAUUGUGACCGGACCCCCUGAGGCCCAGUUCAAGGCACAGGGCAGGAUUUACGGCAAGCUGAAGGAGGAGAACUUCUUUGGUCCGAAAGAGGAAGUGAAGCUGGAAACGCACAUUAAAGUGGCUGCCACCGCCGCAGGCCGAGUCAUCGGAAAGGGGGGGAAAACGGUGAAUGAGUUGCAGAACCUGACCGCUGCAGAGGUUGUGGUCCCCCGGGAACAGACGCCUGACGAGAACGACCAGGUCAUUGUCAAGAUCAUCGGGCACUUCUAUGCAAGCCAGUUGGCGCAGAGGAAGAUUCGGGACAUUCUGACUCAGGUCAAACAGCAGCAGCAGAAAGGGGGUGUGGGUGGGCCCCCAGGACCCCACUCACAGCCCCAAGUGGACCCCGGGGCCCCACAGGGCGGCCAGGACCCCCAGCCUGCCCGCAGGAAGUGAGGGGCCGGGCCCCUCUGGACGGACAGCAGCCGGAGGAGAAGAAGAGAGAGAGAGACGCAGACCCUUUGGGAGACAGGGAGGAAUGCAUGUCAAAC